GGAAUCCCCGGGACCUUCAUCUUAUCGUCUCUGCCCGGCGCCAGGACAGCGCCAUGACAGCGCCAGACAAGCGCGGCGGAUUGCAGCCUCCACUUCUCACUUCUUGCUCUCGGCGCUCUCCUCGACCGUUGUCCAUGACGCCUGCCACGGGCGCGACGCGAUUCGGGGCGCUGCCACGGGAGACAGCGAUGGCGACGAGGAGAAGCGUGGUGGUACUCGGCGGCGAUUGUCGGAGGCGAUGAAUUUCUUUCGCGAGGCCGAGAGGUAGUGAGUCGCGGAGCGACAUGGCGGGAGUUGCGGCUGCCGUGAACGGCAGCUGCUGUGGGAGACCGUCGCCUUUGAAUGUGGCCGGUUGUCCAGAGCGAACGGUGGAGCUCUUGCGCCGGCAGAGACGCGUGGCACAUGGAGUCAGGGAGUCAAGGGAUUGUGAGAGGAAUCAACUUUGUGGGAGUGCCAGUAUUCGCUCACGGCCAGUCAGAUUGAUUACCAGGGCUUCUUCUGAGGAUUAUAGGGAGCAAUUUGUGAAACAGGGCAGGCGGGAAUGGCUUUUGUCAAGUGCAACUCUGGCGGGUGUAGCAUUUCCUGGUAGUGCGCAUGGGCUGGGAAGAUUCUUCGAUGUAGCGGAGGAUUCAGUUUCGGGAACUCCGGAGGGAGCCAACGCCGGUACGUCCGUCCGAUCAAGUGCCAAAGUUCAGCAGUCUGUAGACGAUGUCACUACGUGGUUUCGAUUUCGAGGAGAAGGAUUUGCGCUCAGAAUUCCUCCAGGAUAUCAAGAUGUUUUGGACCCAUUGAAUGAGGAAGCCUUAAACUCCCUUUACGGUGAAAGAGCUAAGGACAGACCUUUUGCAGCCCGUUUUGCUUCCCCUGACAGGGAUGAAAUACUGAGUGUGGUGAUCAAGCCUGCUUCGCAAAUGCAGCUGUCGUUUUAUCAGGCCAUGGAUAUUAAGGAUUUUGGAUCAAUUAAAGAAGCUGCUCCCAAAUUUGUGCCCGGAGGUUCGAAGCUAGUUGCUGCCAGGAUCAUUAACUCCACAAAAUCACGAGUCCCAAGGACUUAUUACUUGUACGAGUUUGUGGCGAGGGAUAAACACGUAGCGAUGUCAGCAGGCGUGGCCGGUGGAAGGGUAUUCGUAAUGGGUGCCACAGCCCCAGAAUCAAAAUGGAAAGACGCAGGAAACAAAUUGCGGCUAGCUGCAUCCUCAUUCUACCUCCCUUGACCAAAUUUUUGCUUCCCACAUUGGAGAGAGCACACAGAGACAGUGAAAGUUCUGCUGUAGAACUGCCCAACUGUGCGUUAGUACAUUAUCUUAGCAGUUCUUCAUUUCUCUCAGGAAAAGGAAAUGUUGCGAUAUAGAUCGAUGCUUACUGUAUGUUAGCAGAUCUAGCGUUUCAUGCUCCUGGAACUCGUCCUGAAGUACUUACGACGAAAACGCACGAGAUUGCUAUUAUUGUAGGAUAAAUUCAAACGUAUUUGUUACGAUGUGCC